AUGGUUGCAUCUUUUGGACAAGACAAUAUUGAACACACUACACAUGCCAAUACUGUCCCCUCUACACUUGCUAUUGUUGUACUUUCUAACCAUGGCAAUACUGAUUUAUCUACUAUGCCAGUGCAAUGCUUAGCCAAUGCCAACUACUCUCUACCCAUGCGGUUCUGCGCUCCCUACCCCGCGCACUUCUGCGCUCCCUACCCCGCGCACUUCUGCGCUCCCUACCCCGCGCACUUCUGCGCUCCCUACCCCGCGCACUUCUGCGCUCCCUACCCCGCGCACUUCUGCGCUCCCUACCCCGCGCACUUCUGCGCUCCCUACCCCGCGCACUUCUGCGCUCCCUACCCCGCGCACUUCUGCGCUCCCUACCCCGCGCACUUCUGCGCUCCCUACCCCGCGCACUUCUGCGCUCCCUACCCCGCGCACUUCUGCGCUCCCUACCCCGCGCACUUCUGCGCUCCCUACCCCGCGCACUUCUGCGCUCCCUACCCCGCGCACUUCUGCGCUCCCUACCCCGCGCACUUCUGCGCUCCCUACCCCGCGCACUUCUGCGCUCCCUACCCCGCGCACUUCUGCGCUCCCUACCCCGCGCACUUCUGCGCUCCCUACCCCGCGCACUUCUGCGCUCCCUACCCCGCGCACUUCUGCGCUCCCUACCCCGCGCACUUCUGCGCUCCCUACCCCGCGCACUUCUGCGCUCCCUACCCCGCGCACUUCUGCGCGCACUUCUGCGCUCCCUACCCCGCGCACUUCUGCGCUCCCUACCCCGCGCACUUCUGCGCUCCCUACCCCGCGCACUUCUGCGCUCCCUACCCCGCGCACUUCUGCGCUCCCUACCCCGCGCACUUCUGCGCUCCCUACCCCGCGCACUUCUGCGCUCCCUACCCCGCGCACUUCUGCGCUCCCUACCCCGCGCACUUCUGCGCUCCCUACCCCGCGCACUUCUGCGCUCCCUACCCCGCGCACUUCUGCGCUCCCUACCCCGCGCACUUCUGCGCUCCCUACCCCGCGCACUUCUGCGCUCCCUACCCCGCGCACUUCUGCGCUCCCUACCCCGCGCACUUCUGCGCUCCCUACCCCGCGCACUUCUGCGCUCCCUACCCCGCGCACUUCUGCGCUCCCUACCCCGCGCACUUCUGCGCUCCCUACCCCGCGCACUUCUGCGCUCCCUACCCCGCGCACUUCUGCGCUCCCUACCCCGCGCACUUCUGCGCUCCCUACCCCGCGCACUUCUGCGCUCCCUACCCCGCGCACUUCUGCGCUCCCUACCCCGCGCACUUCUGCGCUCCCUACCCCGCGCACUUCUGCGCUCCCUACCCCGCGCACUUCUGCGCUCCCUACCCCGCGCACUUCUGCGCUCCCUACCCCGCGCACUUCUGCGCUCCCUACCCCGCGCACUUCUGCGCUCCCUACCCCGCGCACUUCUGCGCUCCCUACCCCGCGCACUUCUGCGCUCCCUACCCCGCGCACUUCUGCGCUCCCUACCCCGCGCACUUCUGCGCUCCCUACCCCGCGCACUUCUGCGCUCCCUACCCCGCGCACUUCUGCGCUCCCUACCCCGCGCACUUCUGCGCUCCCUACCCCGCGCACUUCUGCGCUCCCUACCCCGCGCACUUCUGCGCACUUCUGCGCCCUACCCCGCGCACUUCUGCGCUCCCUACCCCGCGCACUUCUGCGCUCCCUACCCCGCGCACUUCUGCGCUCCCUACCCCGCGCACUUCUGCGCUCCCUACCCCGCGCACUUCUGCGCUCCCUACCCCGCGCACUUCUGCGCUCCCUACCCCGCGCACUUCUGCGCUCCCUACCCCGCGCACUUCUGCGCUCCCUACCCCGCGCACUUCUGCGCUCCCUACCCCGCGCACUUCUGCGCUCCCUACCCCGCGCACUUCUGCGCUCCCUACCCCGCGCACUUCUGCGCUCCCUACCCCGCGCACUUCUGCGCUCCCUACCCCGCGCACUUCUGCGCUCCCUACCCCGCGCACUUCUGCGCUCCCUACCCCGCGCACCCGUGCACUUCUGCGCUCCCUACCCCGUGCACUUCUGCGCUCCCUUCCCCGUGCACUUCUGCGCUCCCUACCCCGUGCACUUCUGCGCUCCCUACCCCGUGCACUUCUGCGCUCCCUACCCCGUGCACUUCUGCGCUCCCUACCCCGUGCACUUCUGCGCUCCCUACCCCGUGCACUUCUGCGCUCCCUACCCCGUGCACUUCUGCGCUCCCUACCCCGUGCACUUCUGCGCUCCCUACCCCGCGCACUUCUGCGCGCCCUACCCCGUGCACUUCUGCGCUCCCUACCCCGUGCACUUCUGCGCUCCCUACCCCGUGCACUUCUGCGCUCCCUACCCCGUGCACUUCUGCGUGAAGUGCACGGGGUAGUUAAGGUGAAGGCAUUGCCAUGCUGGUAA